GCUCAUACAGAUAGGUUCUGAAGAGCGUUUAUUGCUAAUUAUAGAGAUAUUUUUCAAGAAUCUUGAUUUGGACAUGAAGGACAGGGUUAGGAAAAUUGAAGGAAACCCUGAUUUCUGUUGCUUCAUCUCAACAAAAUACUGUAAAUCAAGGUGAACUACCACAUAUAUUAUACACCAGGGUGCUUCUAAUGGUAGUGGAUAAGGCAAGGGUAUUAAUGAAAUAGUUUCUACUAUAAAUAUUGUCGAGAAGAGUGUUUCAAGCAACAAUGGCACUUGUUUUAAAGAUAAGAAACUCUCAAUACCAUGGUUUGAAUAAUGCUGGUGGAUCCCUUGAACAUGCCUUCAUUGAGAAGCUUCUGUUAUGGGUGUUUUAUGAAUGUCCAAAAGGUGUCUAUGCUGUUUAUAUUUUAAUGACUGGUUUUCCACUUUUCACAGUGGAAUUGGACAGAGGGUUUCUUUUUGCCAGUUUGAUUCAACCAUUUGUUUCCCAAUUUCACAUUUACUUGAGGAUGUUGCCACCUGAAACCAUGGUGGGCCCCUUCAAACCCCAACCUCAUCUGGAAACCAACAUCUCCAAAGGAGCUAUCAUCACAUGCUAUGGGAAAGACAGAGAAGAAGUUUUCUGCCACCAAUUAUAUUUAUAUUCAGUGCUGGAAAUAGCAAAAUGCUUUCAUUUCAUACUCCAGGUUUUGCAGGUUCAUUCAUGAAAUAUUGAGGGGGCAGAGUGUAUGUUUCACAAGAUUAUCUAGGUUUGCACACGGAUCUUCGGGUCAGGUGUGACCCAGAUAGUUAAGGUCAGAACAGUUGGGAUCGAUCAUUCAUUCAUUUGAUCAAGAGUUCUCUUCUCUCAUUGUCUCAGUUUGUGUAUACGUAUUAGGGUUUGUUCUUCAGUCUGUAUCAAUCCUUCAUAUGUUUUUGUAAGAUGUUUUAGAUUAGGUUGAGGGUUCUAUUUUAAGAAUAGUGUAGGAUUUAUGUAGUGAGGUUUUCUCUGUAAGUUCUUAAAACCACCUGUUAAUCCACAAUUGAUAUAAUAGAUGGAAAUGUUGGGAAAUCGUGUUUUUACAAGUUUUUAUAGUUAAAUUGGUAUAUUCUUAGUGAAUAAAAGUAAAAUCUUUUUGGGUUUCCUUCAUAACCAAAAAAUAGCUUGUAUUGAUAUUAAGAGAGAGAUAAACUGAUUUAUUAAUAUAUUGUAUGAUUAAUAUAUAUUAAUCAGAAAUAGUUAAUAUUUAAUUAAGAAUUAAUCAGAAUUAAUUGGAAAUUAAUUUUGGAUUAAUUAGAUUUAAAUUUAGAAUUAAUUACAGGUACAAGGGUUGAAUUGGAAUUGUUCAGUUGUCGAGCAAAAGUGACAAUUCCAGAACCUUCCUAAGCCUGUACAAUUUUGAGGAGGAACUAGAAGGAUUCAGGAAGCCUCCUAAAGCUGAUAAGAAACAGAUUUGAAUUAGGAUAAAAUACUAUUAUUUCAUUAUUCAAAUUAGGGUUUUAACAGCUAUAAAUAGGGACAUGCCCUAGCUAAAAACAUAUCCCUACACACAACACAUAGAGAAUUCAGAUUUCUCCUCACCUAUCUCUCCUAAAUUUCGAUGCUAGGGUUUUCUAGGGUUUAUGUGUGAACCAUUAUAGCAUCCACAUUAUUUGUGCUUGUUUUCCAAGGAUGAAUUCAAGAGGAUUGUUUGCAUCAUUCGAUUGUUGCAAAAGGUAUGCAUUCCAACUAUAUGAUUUUCAAUUUCACAGACUAGACGUUUUUUUUUCAUAAAGUAUGUUGCUAUAAUUUGAGAAAAUGUCAUAGAGCUCUAGAGUGCAUGUACCCAUAAGUGUUUAUGUAAAAUUUGUUAUGCAAAUAAUUUUAUGACCUAGAAAAACCCAUCAAGGUAGACUAGUUUAGACGGUUGUGUGUAUUGUUUGAUUGUUUGUUAGUUUGUUUGUUAUAUAUGUCGACAUAUGUUGUGAUGAAUUGUAGGGUUGUGACACCCCGAUAUUUCAACUCUAUGUAAUGACCUAAAAAAUCGAGUAUUGUAACCACUUUUGAUAUAAUGAAAUUAACUUCGAAAAUAAAAAGUCCAAAAAGUCUCUAAAAUAAUUACCUACUAUGUUUGAUGUCAUUAAAUCGUGAUCAUACGUAAAAAGAACGCCCAAAUCUGACUUCGUAUGAUGAAGUUAUGAUUUUUCCAAGUUCGGCUUAGUGGCAGUCAGCUAAAAACUCGAAACGAAGAUCGAGCGACUUUUGGCCGGAAUGACCAAAACGAGAAUCGAAGGUCUUGACAAUGGUAUUUCAGCGGUAAAAAGUCUGGCAAAAUCGGACGUCAGACGAAGAAGUUAUGAAUUUCUAACGAAAUUUUCUUACCGCGACCUUUUAAAAAUAAAUAAUAAAAAUAAUUUCAAAAUUUGCCGACGGAAUCUAAACGAAAGUUUUAGAGCGUAGUCUCACCUACGCGUGGAUAUAAAGAACGUCAAAAACGGAGCUCGUAUGAAGAAGAUAUGAAUUUUAGAAGUUUAUUAAAUAAAUAAAAUAUAAAUUUAUUUAUUUAAUCUCGGUAUUAUCCGAAGGAAGAGUCAGCAAGUCUAUCCGAGUUACGCCCAGCGUACUCGAGGCCUAGGCCUCGGAUCGUCCACGUCGCGCCCUAUGCGAGCCUAUGUCUAGUCCCAUUCGGAGUCCGAAGCAGUCGAGGAUGCGCUCAUUCGUGACGCACGAGUACGCCCAGCAUACGGAGGUGGUUCCCAGCCCCUAUAAAAGGGAUGCGAGGGUUCCGAAGAAAGAUCUCCAUUUCUCCCAACUUUCUUGCGUUCUUGCCUCGUUUUCCGUGCCCGUGCUAACCCGAAGCCCCGAUCACUUUGCUCAAGUCCUGAAGGUCGUUUGUGCUCCCGAGAUUCCCGAGAAAAUCCGCUUUUCCGAGCCGAAGUUCUGCUCUGUUUUCAUCUUGCUUUUUCCGAUCUUUCAAGUGAGUUCAUAGCCCUUAAUUUACCUUUUAAAUAUUCUAUAAAUGCUUUUAUAUGCUUUCAAGGGGGGAAUACAAGUAAAACACACGAUUAUUAUCGUGUGUUAUAUAAAGUUUUGUUAUACACUUUUAUUCAACAGAAUCAUAUGUGAUUUAUAACCUUUAUAGGGAAACUUUCGUAUGCAAAAAUAUAUCACGAUAACAUUAUAUCUUUUGAAAUGAAAAAUGUUGUUAUAUACGUAUAAAUCAAACACUCUGCUUAGAUUGCAUGUAUAUGUGUCCAACUUAGACACUAUAAAAAUUUAUACUUUCAUAAAAAGUGAUUCAUUUGCUAGGGAUUUCUAAACAAACGAGACACACUUUUAGAAAACUAUAAUGAGUAUAGUUUUACGAGAACAUUACUAACUUUUACAUACUAGAAACACGGUUUUCAAGAAGUCACUUUCACAUACAAGAACAAACGAACAUUUUAACACGUAAAUCUGUUUCUAUACUAAGUUUUGUGAGACAUUAACUUCACGUACGUUCGAGUACACAUUUCAAGUCCUGUAUUAUAUACCAAAAUCCCUUGGAGGGGGAGCCUGGUGUUUGUGUAUAGAUCUAUACGGGCUUGACAACCCCGCGCCCUGACUGUUAGCUACAGUACACCAUUUGGGGUGACAAACGUCAGAACAUUCCAACGCCUGAAGAACGUUGUGUAUAGGCAAUCCGAGUCGAUAGCAUGGUUAUAAAACUCACAUGGGGUAUUAAAAAUACAUUGAUUUACGAGGUUUUUCAAACGUAUUGGAAAUUUUAUACGUACAUACAUUUUCUAGAAACAAACAUUGGUCUUGAUAGAAGGCUACAUUUAUGCUAGUAGAAAAUAUGGGAUUUUCUAGGAACAAACAAACAAAAACAAAA